UCUAUCCAACCAAAAUAAAAAAAAAAAAAUCCAAGCCCCACACGUCCCACCCACCAAAAAGCUUCGUAACCCCAAGAAAACCCCGGAGUGACGUACACGUGCACCUCAUGCUCGAUCGUCUUCUUCCUCCUAGCCCCCCGGCGUACGUUAGUCCCAGCCCUGACCUUAACCCGUCCCUAGUUCACUCUCUUCCUUGAAAACCUAAUGUCCAGCUUCAACCCUUGAUCAUAGUUUAGCAGCUGUACUAUAAUUUGAUUUAUUUAUGUUUUUUUAAAUUUUUUUAUCAAUCGUAAUAAACAUGAUGGGAUCGGAAAACCUGGACUCUGAAGAAGCCCAUAUGUACGCAUCCAGAGAAGAAAUGGAGAACCUCGUCCUCGACGAACCUUCCAAUAAUAACAACGGCACUAAAUCUUUUUCCGAUUACCGUAGUGCCAUGUCAUCACUCGCCGACACUCACCACCCUCUGUCGUCGCCGAUGGCGGCGCCCGCUGACUCUGAUCCCCUGCUCACUCCUCCGCCCUUUCGUGAUUUCCGAAACCCUAACGUCGCAACCGAUAACUCGUCUUACAUCGAACCGCCGUCCUAUUCCGAUGUCAUUUUCAGUCCGUUCGAUGAAAACGCCGUCAAUGAAAUCAACGGCGUUGAUAGCCCCGGCCGGUCCUCCGAUUCUUCGGGUUUUCUCUCGAAGUCAACGUCCUCCAGCUCCGAUUAUGUCAAAAUAACUGUCUCGAAUCCACAGAAGGAGCAAGAAACUUCUAAUUCUCUCGUUCCAGGAGGUAACACUUAUGUUACGUAUCUAAUCACGACGAGAACGAACAUACCGGGACAUAACGGAUCUGAAUUUAGCGUAAGGAGACGAUUUAAAGACGUGGUUACUUUAUCAGAUCGAUUGGCAGAGUCAUAUCGAGGGUUCUUUAUUCCGCCGAGGCCGGACAAGAAUGUGGUGGAGAGCCAAGUAAUGCAGAAGCAGGAGUUUGUGGAGCAAAGGAGAGUGGCAUUAGAGAAAUACUUAAGGAGACUCGCCGGGCAUCCAGUGAUAAGAAAAAGCGAUGAAUUGAAGGUAUUUUUGCAGGUUCAAGGGAAGCUGCCUUUGCCAACGAGUACUGAUGUAGCUUCAAGGAUGCUCGAUGGUGCAGUGAAGUUGCCGAAGCAGUUGUUUGGAGAGAGUGUGGCAGUGGCGCCACACGAAGUGGUGCAGCCGGCAAAAGGAGCUAGGGAUUUGUUGAGGAUAUUUAAGGAGUUGAAGCAGUCAAUGGCUAAUGAUUGGGGAGGAUCAAAGCCACCAGUUGUUGAGGAAGAUAAAGAGUUUUUGAAGAAGAAAGAGAGGAUGCAUGAUCUUGAGCAACAACUCAGCAAUGCUUCUCAGCAGGCUGAAUCGCUGGUUAAAGGCCAACAAGAUAUGGGGGAAACAAUGGGAGAAUUGGGAUUAGCGUUUAUAAAAUUGACUAAAUUUGAGAACGAGGAGGCUAUCUUUAACUCACAGAGAGCGAGGGCUGCUGACAUGAAAAAUGUGGCGACAGCUGCAGUUAAAGCAAGCCGAUUCUACCGGGAGUUAAAUGCACAGACUGUAAAGCAUUUGGAUACGCUCCAUGAGUAUCUUGGGCUGAUGUUAUCUGUCCAUGGUGCAUUCUCAGACCGUUCUAGUGCUUUGUUGACUGUACAAACUCUUAUAUCGGAAUUGUCUUCAUUACAUUUGAGGGCUGAAAAACUUGAAGCUGCAUCUUCAAAGAUAUUUGGUGGUGACAGAUCAAGGAUUCGCAAAAUAGAGGAGUUGAAGGAAACCAUAAGAGUCACUGAGGAUGCGAAACAUGUUGCAACUGGAGAGUAUGAACGGAUCAAGGAGAAUAACAGAAGUGAACUUGAAAGGCUCGGCAGAGAAAGGCGUGCUGACUUCUUGAACAUGUUGAAGGGUUUUGUUCUUAAUCAGUGUCCUCAAAGCUAUGCUUCUGUGAAAAGGUGGACCAUCUUUUUCUUACACCUAUAGAUGGAUCAUUUGAUCAAUUUGCAAAUGCGGCAGGUAGAAUGUGUUUGGAUAGAUAUUAGGCCAAGUCUAGUGGUUGUGAGUGCCUAUAGAGGUUUAAGGGUUGGGUUUUUUCCCUUUUUUUUUUUUUUUUCUCAUGUCCAUUUAUGACUAUGAACACAUCCCACAGAAUUGAGCUAUGUAAAUUUGAUAUAUGUAAUGACAAGAUUAAUGGCUGAUUACCUGAUUAUGCUU